AUGAGCUGGAGUCCCCUGACUGAUCUGCUGGAUAAAAUCCAAAACUACUCCACGUUUUUGGGCAAGAUCUGGCUCAUCAUCUUCGUUGUUGGCCGCAUUCUGCUGACGACUGUAGGAGGAAAGUCCGUCUACGAGGAUGAGCUGAGCAGGUUCGUCUGCAACACAGAUCAACGGGGCUGCCAGACCGUCUGCUACAACAGCUUCGGUCCGCUCUCGCACAUCCGCUUCUGGAUCUACCAAAUCUUCCUGUUGGCCACACCUUCACUCAUGUACCUGGGCUACGCGGUCAACAAGAUUGUUCGAGCAGGGGAGCGGGCUGGUAAUGGAUUAUCACGGAGGAAACCCCAGAAGGAUUUAAAGGCGCGGCAUGAUGGACGCAAAUGUAUAAAAGAAGAUGGGCUAAUGCGUGCUUACGUGUUUCAGCUCUUGGCCCGCUCUUUGCUGGGGGCCUUCAUGUGCGGUCAGUACUUCCUCUAUGGAUUUUCAGUACCUGAGUCCUUCAUGUGCUCUGACUUUCCCUGCCCUCACAUUGUGGAGUGCUUUGUGUCUCGCCCCACUGAGAAAACAAUCUUUCUCCUGACCAUGUAUGUUGUCUGUCUGGCUCUCAAUGUGUGGGAGAUGUUUCAUUUGGGCAUCGGCACCAUCCGUGAUAGUGUACGCACCCGCCCGGUGCAGCUCCCUGAUGGUUCCCUGUUGAUCUGA